AUGAUCAAAGCCUUGUUCAAGCAGCGCCAGUCUACUUCAGUUGAGCCAUGCAUCAAUUACUUGAUGGAUAAUGCGUUUGGGUCAAGUAGGAGGAUGCGCAAGUCUGGACGGAAGGGCACUUGCCAUGGCGAAUCAGCAGAGUGGGUAAAGCUCCUGACAGAGGAACCAUAUCUAGAUGACCUUUCUUCCUUGCUGGUAAAGGAAGUUGAGCGAGCCACCCCUGCACUUGUCUCGUUCACCUCUAGUGUUGUUGACCAGUACCAGUGGGAAAGGAUAAGUGGAGUGACUGUCAAAAAUGAGAAAAAUGGCGAAAGAGUAUGCGAAACCAAACUAUACUCUUUGAUUGGAGGGUUUGUUGGAUCAAUCUCUGUUAAUUUGUUGAUGGGGAAGACUCUACUUGACGUUUACCCGAACGUUCUACCCGACCUUUCGAUAUUCAAUAGCAAAUUCAAUGCUAUGCUGCUUGGGAUCCAACGGUGGAUCCCAUUCCCCGGUCUUGUCAAUGCCUAUCUCGCUCGACGCCGCCUUCUAGUCUGUCUAACUGUCCACAAUGCUGCUUUUAGCCAGCUAGAAAACGGGCAGGAACCCCAAGUUGUUUGGCGGGAUAUGGAUGAUGUUUCUCCGGCGGUCCAGGCCCGGAUGCGUACACGCAUCAAGGGAGGCUACUCUGCUGAAUAUGCCGCAUCAGAAGACUUAUCUUUACUCUGGGCAAUUACCUUGAGAGCGAACGCUUUGAUAUUCUGGAAUCUUGUGCAUAUCUUGGCUGAUGCCAAAUUACACGCGGAGAUCCUGAGCGAAAUUGCUCCCUACGCGAAACUUAUACGCUUGGAUCCUAGCGAGACAGGGUUUGGCUUGCCAGAACCGCCGCGAGUAUCUUUGGAUAUUCAUAAGCUCGUUGGAUCUUGUCCUUUACUCAUAGCUACGCAAAAAGAGACCAGUCGACUCUAUUCCUCCCCUUUCACCUACCGAAAAGUCACAUCCGAUAUCAACCUCACUGAGUCCGACGACGACGCAUCUCUCGCGUCCAGAGAACCCCAGACCUAUCGUCUAUCUGACGGCGAUUACGUCGUCAUACCGCACUCACUGCGAAAUAGGGACCCGCUUUACUGCGAGUCACCAGACAAAUUUGAUCCACGACGACACCUAGACAAAUCUACACCGGAGACUAAUGAGGCCGUGGAUGGAAAAGAUCAAACACUAUCAUCGAAAUCACAGGAAGAAAAGAAGUCCUCGCAGGAUGCAUCAGACGGAACGGAUAAUUAUUCAGCGGGAUGGGAUGAUCCCGCUUCCACAUGCUAUAAACAGGAGCAAAGGAAAGCAAUUGCCAUUUUAGCUGCGAUUUUGGUGACAUGGGACAUUGAGCCUGCAAACGGAAAGGGCUGGAAAGUGCCUAGUCGAAGGAGUGGAAGUUUGGUGGAUGAACCCAAGGAUGUACAGGUUAAGCUCAAGAUGAAAGCCUAG